GACAACUGUAGAUCAGCGAGCCUAAGCGAGCCUCGCUCUUAUUUCAGGGAUUUGUAGUUUUUAGUGUAAAGAACGCCGACGCACGGCAGAGGCCUUUGUGAGAGUAAAACUACAGUUCCCUCAGAGCUACUCAGAGGUGUUAGUUGUCAAUAUGGCUGUUGUCAGACAGACAAAGCAGAGAGGCAAAUAAUUCGCCACUGAUUAGAAAUCCUUGGAAAGGGGUCGGACAGGGCACUGUAUCAUACCGCCUUACUGUUCGGCUGCAGUGAAAGACACAUCGGGUCUUUGCUUCUGUAACAAAGUUAAAUGGUUAAGUGGACGAUUUGAACCGAGGUAAGUCAUGCACUAAGCUAUUUCCAACACUAAAAGUGAUGUUAUUCAUAUCAGACGGUCGCUAGCCAGCAACGGCGGCUAACGUCAGCUAGUAUCAGCAUUGGCAUGGCUAGCAUGUUAUGCUAUCAUUCUACAACCCCGGUGCUACCGAAAAUAGCAUAAGUUGCUAGCCGUCCUCUGUGAUGCAUACGGACUGUUACCCGGUAUAAAUGCAGCAGCAGCUCCAGUGAAAAUUAUUUAUGAUCUCGAGUGUUUCAAGCCGGCUCAUUUAGCGUUUCAUAGGACACUGUCACUCAGUCUGCGAAAGAAACAUUUGCUAACGUUAGCUCGUGGGCAAAGGGCGUGAAGGCUGGCUGGCUGGCUGGCAUCACAGCGGCUCCCCUGCAGCGCGGAGCAGCAGAUCUGUGCUCCAGGGCCACAGUCAGCAAAACAAAAACACAUGGACCAAAAGAUACCAGCAACUUUGGUCAGUGUUUGGACAAUCUAGAAAAAUACACUGCCAAAGAAACGCGUUUGAUUUACACAACAGACUGUACUGGGGAUAUCGAAUGCAUCAUGCAUGCAAUCUGUAUUUAGCAGCAGGAUGUCUGAGUUCAGCGUGGAGCCGCGCUUCACCAUUGAGCAGAUAGAUCUGCUGCAGCGGCUGCGUCGCUCCGGCAUGAACAAGCAGGAGAUCCUGCACGCGCUCGAAACUCUGGACCGGCUGGACCGGGAGCAUGGCGACAAGUUUGGCCGCCGCACCUCUUCCUCCUCCUCUUCCUCGUCCUGCUACGGAGUAGGUGGGGCCAACAACUGCACCAACAACUCUGCCUCCAACACUACUACAUCACUCAACAAUAACAACACUGCCUCUGCAACCACCACCUCUUCCGUGACAUGCAACGGCAACACCAGCGGCGAGGGCGAUCGCUCCGCCCCCGCCGCGUCUUCCACCACCUCCAAAAUCUCCACCGCCACGCAGACGCAGUUCGGCAGCGCAGGGGGGCACUCUCCGUCUCCUAGCAACAGUUACAACACCUCCCCGCCUCCGGGACCACCGCCGCCUUCAGCCAUCUUGCCAUCACCGGUUUCGCUGGUGGCUCAUACGCAGAACGGCAGGGAUAGCCUAGCCGCCACACCCAACGGGAAGCUGUCUCCUCCCAGAUACCCAGUGAACAGCGCGGCCGCAGCACGAGCAUUCGGGUUCGAAGCUACAGAAGAAGACCUGGACAUUGACGACAAGGUGGAGGAGCUGAUGAGGAGGGACAGCAGCAUGGUGAAGGAGGAGAUCAAAGCGUUCCUGGGGAACAGGAGGAUCUCUCAGGCAGUGGUGGCACAAGUUACCGGCAUCAGCCAGAGCAGGAUCUCCCAUUGGCUGCUGCAGCACGGCUCCGACCUGAGCGAGCAGAAGAAGAGGGCCUUCUACCGCUGGUACACGCUGGAGAAAACCACUCCAGGUGCCACUCUGAACAUGCGGCCUGCUCCCUUACCUCUGGAGGAUAUGGAGUGGAGGCAGACCCCACCCCCCAUCAGCACAGCCCCCGGAACCUUCCGCCUGCGCAGAGGAAGCCGCUUCACCUGGAGGAAAGAGUGCCUGGCCGUGAUGGAGAGCUACUUCAACGACAACCAGUACCCGGAUGAGGCCAAGCGGGAGGAGAUAGCAAACGCCUGCAAUGCUGUUAUUCAGAAGCCAGGGAAGAAGCUGUCUGAUCUGGAGAGGGUCACCUCCCUGAAAGUUUACAACUGGUUCGCCAACCGCCGCAAAGAGAUCAAGAGGCGGGCCAACAUUGAAGCCACAAUCCUGGAGAGUCAUGGAAUAGACGUCCAGAGUCCGGGGGGGCACUCCAACAGCGACGACGUCGACGGAAACGACUUAUCAGAGCAGGCAUUUGACCUGCCCUAUUUUGACAAGAGACCUCUCAGCCGACCUUUUGGCCUUUACCGCCUGGAGCCCACCUCGCCAACACAGGAGGACGGCGCGGCGCACAUCGAGCACCAGGACCCCAUCUCUCUGGCUGUGGAGAUGGCUGCUGUCAACCACACCAUCCUGGCCCUGUCCAGAACCGGGGGGGUCCCAAACGACAUUAAGACGGAGUCCCUGGAGGACGAAUGAACUGCACAGGAAACGGAACGGAGGAAGUGGAAGAGAAAUGACAGUCAAAGAAAGGAGGAGAAAAAACAGGGAGAUAAAAAAAGAAAAAUACCAAAAUAAUGCUACUUAGUAAAUCUGGAUCUGUCCCUCCCUCUCAGCUUCCCACCUCCAACAAAGUCAGUGUAAACAGUAAUCCCCCCCUCCCUACCCCAUAUAUUGACACAGCUGGUGAGAAUGGGUCUCUUAAAGUGUUCCACGGAAAGAAGAUAAAGGGGGGUCCCAGGUCUUCAACCCCUAAAUCGGAGGCCCUCGUCUGGGAUUGUACCUCCCUCCCCCCCCUCACAGGAUACCUCUCCUCUUUACUCCCCCGUGCUUCCCUCUCCAGCCUGGUCGUCUGAGCCGAUCCUCACUCUAUAUCACCUCAGCGUCAACCUCAAGAAAAAAAAAAUGGUGUACUCUAUAUAUAUAAUAUAUAUGGUUCUCAGUCACACUCUACCUACCUGCGUAACCUUCAAAUGAUCCUCUUCAUUGUGCAGUUCAUCGGAAGAGUGACCUCCAGCAGCUGUCUGGGGAAAGAUGGAGGGUGAGUUUCCUCCCCCCCUCUGGAAGGAUAAUCAGAAGCAGACAGUCGCCGUCUUAUAUCCUCAUUUCUUAGUGGAGUGGCUUUUUACAUGAGCUGCUGUUGGAUGAAAACCUCUAAAAAGAAGUAGCCUUAUUUUCAUACAGGAAACUACACCUUUACUUUUUGCAGUAUACACCUCGUUUUUUUCCUGAAACUUUUUAGUAUGCAUACAAAGUGGUUUCUCUCACCUGCAUUUAUUUGGCGACAGGAUCUACAAUCAUUUAGCCUCCCAGUGACACUACUGUUCAGUACUCGAGGCUAUGAUCAUUAUUUUAGGGUCAAUGUGAUAAUCAAGCAAUGGUAAGCUAUCUAAUAAGGGGAACUGUGCUUUGUUUUCAUCCAUGCCAAAGGAAAAGAUGCUUGGAGCUAAAAGCUUAAGCUACUGUAAGACCGAUCUAAAAUGGUGUUCAUCCAAAGCGAUUUUCUGCUAACUCCUCUGGCGUACGUUGGUUGUUUCAUAGCUCGGUGAAGCCUCUGGAGCUAGCGCUACGUGGUUCUGACACUACAGCAGGCCUGUGUCGGGAAAGAAAGGUAUUAGCAGCCACACAUAAUGAUAAAAUACCCCUAAGCUAUUUACUACUUGUUCUGUGAAGCUGCCUCUUUAUUAUAGCAGAAAGAAUGUGCUUUCAGAGGAUUUUUUUAAAAUAUCCAAUUAGACUAAAUCCUCACUGGAAAUGGUUUAGAAUAUCAGAAGAGGCCAUUUAAGUUUGUAUUUAAAGGUAGGGUAGGUAAGAAUGGAGAAACCAGCUCGAGUGCGCUAGAAUUUGAAAGUACACAGCUGAAAAAAAUCUGCCCCUUCCUUCAGACUUCCUUACUGAGCCCCUCCUCCAACACACACGAACGCGCACAUGACCAAUGAGGGCACGAGAUAAGUUUGUGCACAGAUGGAAGGCUGACAGGCAGGUAGGCCAUCCAAUCAUCUGCCCCAAAUAAUUGGAUGUGCUUUUUACAGCGCCACAGCUUCCACAGAUGAAAUAUUUGUAUGUAUUUAUUGUCAAAGCAUUUAAUGUAUUCAUUGCUAUCGGGAUGUGAAGAGCAUUCUAUGGAAUAUAACAAAGUGUUUCUGAAGUGAAUUACCUACCCUACCUUUUUAGGAUAUAGCCUCAAAGGCAAAAGCACCACUUCAAGGGAAGAGAAUCAAAGAUGUAUAAAGUGGUUGUAUUGGAAAUACAUUUUCCACUUUUUUGCUCCGGGUUGAAGUUUUCCAAAACCAUCAAUGAACCAAGAUAAUCAUAAUGUAAUAAGCAGAGACAAAAUGUUGACUUUCUUAAGGCUAAUGUUUCUUGGUGCUCACUUAAUGUCAAGUCAAAGACUGAUAUCUGAUGAAAUGAAACAAUUAAAAUAAUACGUUGAGCAGAAUUAAAUGUGAGGAUUGAUACUGCCCUCAUGUCUGUACACUAAACAUGAAACUGAAGCCAGUAGACCGUUAGCUUAGCCUAUCAUGAAGGCUGCUCAAAUGUGCUAUAGCUAGCAGUCUUCAUGCUAGGAUAAGCUAAAGUUCACUGCUAGGCUAGGCUAAAGCUCAUGAUUUCACCCAAUUGAUUUUGUCUUACUAAAGCCAUACAAAAAUAUAAGUCAAAACCAGUUGUAGUGUUACAGAUGGGUACACACGGACAACUUUUUAUACUUUUACUGGAGAUAUAACGAGUGUUUAAAGAAAGAUAUGGUCACUUUUGAAGAGAGCCAAGUUAGCCAGUUUCUUUGCUAGACUAAGCUAAUUUAUCUAAAGAUAGAUUAGCUUUCUUUAUUUAGCGUCAUAUUUAGCGUACAGCCGAGAGUGCUCCUUUGUUUCUGCUAUCGCCCAGCCAGUUUUUAACAAGGUAAAUGUCAAUCUGUUUGUUUAAAGGAACCCAUGCCUUAGUGAUGGUUUUGGAGAACUGGGGAAAUAUUCUACUUUGCGGGAUUAAACUAAGCAGUUAGCUAGUUAUACGCUCAUGUAAUAUUAUGUUUAAAUCAAAUAUGGACAUCUCUUUUAAAUAAUCUAGUAUCUGGAUCCUGCUUGUAGAAUAUCUCCCAGCCCUGGGCUGUAGUCUAGUAAAGCUCUAUUUAAAUUAUCGCUUCUCUAUGUACGAAGCAGCGAUUACAGUGACUUGGUACUAGGAACUGUGUUUCAAAAAGAAAGGGUUGAAAGACAAACACAAUAUGUAUUUAUACUCAUUUUUUAUGGUAAUGUGAAAAAGAACGACAUGUUUUAAAUUGAAACAUGCUGAUAUUGUUAAGCUCAUCAUGCAUUUUAAUUUCUCCUGAAUGUUUUCCAUAAUCAUUUAAAUGUUGUUUUAUUUUGUAUCAUCCCUUAUUUGACUGAACAACAGUCUCCCUGUUUGUGUCUGAGCUAGUAAGCUAUUUUGUGAAAGAUGACAAACGAUGCACCUUAUUUAAAAAAAGAAUCGCCGUUAAUGAAAGUUCAAAUGUAACCUUCCCUUCCAUGAGCCUUCCUUUUAAAAUGUCCGAUACAUUAAUAUGGGGCUGUUGUGAAAAACAUUUCUUUACAGCUGCUCCACACCUUGUACUAAAUCACAGUUUGUGCUGUCUUCACUUGAAAUCAACGCCACACCAAACUCCAUUGGGAAAUGUAGUGUUUUAAUCUUUCUCUGGCAAAGUGUGAUUAAUACAAAUUAAUUAGAGAAAUAAAUACAUUUCAAAUGUAUGUUUUAGGUUAUCCAAAACGUUUAUGAAAUGUGCUUCCUAUAACUAAAUUGCGUUGCCCUCACCAUUUCACAUAGAGCGUUAUCAUUGAGACAUGACCAUGUUGUCGCAGGCGAUUGGGAUUGCAUAAACGCUAAAUGGGCAGUACAAUAUAGGUUUGUACACAACGCACUACAAAUAAAUAUGUCCUGUAGAUCUAAGUGAUACUCAAACUAACGGUGAAACGGUUGUUCGAAAAAUCAAAGGACAGGCUUACAGAUAUUGCUUCCCUUUUUUUUCAUGAAAUAAUACAAGAAAACUGUGUUUGAGUUAUGCGAUUCAGCAAAAUGUGUUCCAAAUAUUUGGAAUCACUACCAAAAACUAGAUUUUGACUAGAAAAGUGCACAAAGUACAGUAUGCUGGGUGUGUCUAUGCUCGACCACUGCUGUCAUUUAUUGCUAGAUUGAAUACAAACCACAAUUGUCUUAACUUGAAACUCUGGACAAGAACUGUCCCUAAUUCCUAGAUCAAUAUUCUAAACUGAAGCAGUUGUUGAUCGAUUGCAAACCUCUAAGAGGAGUCAAUGAUGGCCCAUAAAGUACAGUUCUCAAAGAUGGUUAAGUCCUUUAACUUAAAGAGGUCAUUGAAUAUAUGUAGUCAUAAAUUAGCACAAAAUAUGAGGCUGAUGGCUACAGUAGCAUGCGAGAUUAGCUGCAGAAAGUCAUACAAACACCCGAAUGGUAAAGCCUGCAGAUAGUAGGUAAGCUGGUACUGUAUCUGGACUCUUUAAUUAACCUUUUUCUCUAUGGAGUUUGGUGUGACACUCUCCCCAUAUGAAUAAUAUUGAGUGUCUGAAAUAAGUUGUGUGUGGAAGGAAAAGACUACAGAGUGCAUUUAGAGAUUAUUCUCUCACUAUAAGACGCUUUUCAAUGAGUUGCCUUAGUGUUUGAGAUGCCAUGGCCUAAUUAGCGAGUACAAGUUGUAAUCCAUCAGUAUUUUAUGUUCAAGCCUGACAGAAAUGUUUAUGGGACGGAAGAAAGAACCCUCAGGUGCUUAGGAAGAUUGUGCUUUUCCACGAGAAAAUGGAAGCAGAUGAAUCUUUAAUUACAUACUGAAAUCUGAAAGGGGCUUUCCCCAACCCAAUGUCCUGUGUUCUCCGGUGGUAGUGCUUUUACUUUGAAAGGGUCUCCUCAUGGUGUCGGGGUCAACACGUCUACAUGUCCCUCUGUGUUCCCAGUGAAACACCACCCACCUCAUCCCAGUAGAGCUCUGCUAAGAGGACUGAAUGCUGUUGUAUCAAGCUCAAAUCUAGUUAUGUUCAGAAUUACUGUAUUGCCCAUUUCAGAAUUUAGUGCCUUUUUUGGACAGUAGACUGUUCUGUAAUUAAGAUGUAGUAUAUAUACAUUUUUUUGUACAGUUUCUUUGUUCAUUUUUUUAACUUGUGUUUAUUUUAGUAUGAUAUAUAUAUAAUGUACAAGAGAAUAAAGCUAUAUCAAUGAGA